AAGACCAAGACACCUGCCCUUCUCCCCCUGUGUCCACCGCCGUCACAAGACAAGCCAUGGGGUUCCUGGCAGUUCAGCAAUCGCAGUCUCCAAGACGCAAGGCCUCCGUCGCCUCCGCUUCAUCAACCGAAUCGUCCCCCGCAGCGCGCACAAUGGCCAGUCCGGCCGUGUUCCCGCCGCUUAAUCUGCGCUCCACGUCCACGGGAAGCACACGCAACAGCUUCAUGCCACACGCCGCCUUCCCCCAGAGCGACGACAGCAACGACGACGAACGCCGCAAUGCCACAGCGCUCACGAUCGUAGAGCUACUGGCCCGCGCCGGGACGAAUGGCAGCAACAACAAGACCACACAGCCACAAACACAGCAAGCGCCACUGCCUUCUCUCCGACCACAAAGCGCGACAGGCAACUCGCCACUGCCUUCUCUACCUAAGAUGGUCAUCCCGUCGCUUCGUGGCGACCAACGCUUCGCCUUUCCAAGUAGCUCGGGGGGCUACUCUACACAAACGCCAACGUCCACGCACGGACUGUCCCCGGCGACGCGACCUAUGCCGAUGCCUUCUGCACCUCAGCCUACCAAUCCGAGUCCGCCUAAAAGAGGCCGCAGCGCUAAUGCCACAGGAGCCGUCAACAACUCGCGCAAACGACAGAAAGAUGAGCUCACACGCUUACGCGCACAGGUGCAGGAGCUCCAACGUGAGCUGGAGCACGUGCGCUCCAGGAUGCCUCGCAGUAAGAUCCGAGCCAUUCCGGUUGUCAUGAACAGUGGAAUAAAGACGGAAGGAGGUCGACAGACGGAGCGGUCGCCGCACUCGCCCGUUGCAGUAACCGCUGCUCCUUUGAUGGGCUUAGAAGCUGCAGGGGACUCCACGAGCGGGUUGAUGGUCGUUCCAGUAUGGGAACGCAUGGCGCAACAUCAGAAAGAAGAAAAAAGCAAAGCUGAGAUGGAAAAUCUGCGUUUAAAAGGUUUAAUCCAGGAGCAACUGAAGAUCUCGAAAGGUCUCGAGAAGCUUCUUCGUAAGCGAUGUAAAUCGUCUAUGAGCUCAAGCUCCGACGCUGAGACAUCUGCCACUGUCCUUGGAGUCAAGAGACCACACACAAGUGACGCGGAAGAGACAGCUGUCUUUGCUUCUUUGGCUUCCGGUCUGGAAGCGCGUCUAGCUGAGAUGGAGGCGGUGUUUGAAAAGGGCGGCCUUACUCGAGACAAGCAGGAGCUCCAGGAAACACAGAUGAUUCUAGACGAACGUCGUGGACCUGUGAUGGAAGUAAAAGACGCAAAGAUCUUGCCGUUCGACGUGAAAUCCUGCGCAACUGCAAUCUGGCAGUGCAUGGAUGCCGAGUCGGAGGCCUCGGUUGUGGGUGGCUCUACCAGCGACACUUUGUGCUUUAAAAGCCCCAUGCCGCUGCGGCAACACCGCGCACCUGACGCCGAACUUAGUGUCCGUUGCGUGAUUCGUCGCGUGACGGAUGUGCGAACUGGUCGCGUCGUGUUUGUAUGGGAGUCGGUGGCCGAGUGCCCCAACCGAUUGCCGCACGUGAGCACUAGCGCAAAGGGUAUCGAGAUCCGCGAUUGUGGCUGGGGUCUGCUGGAACCACUACGCACUCCAACGGGCGAACACUCGAGCAUCUUACAGCUGUGUUCGUAUCUCAUGCCUCAACUUUGUGGCGUUUCGGCCGAGCAGAGCCGGCAACACAUUCACGGCCUCGCCGAGUUGGUAGCGCCCUGCUACCGCGGUGUUUGGAACAAGAGACAACGCAAUGUUGAGAACACACUCAUGAAUGGAGCCAUCACGGCUAAGAACAACCAGCACGCGCCGUUCAAGGUUGAGCCAAAGCGCGAGACGCACCAGGCACGUCGUAGCUAG